UGAGCCACGGAAGCCUGACGACCCCGCCAAUAGAAGAUGAUAAAGUGCAAGGCCAGGAAAUAGCCAAUCAGAUUGGGGAAAAAAUUAAAUUCCAGCGCCUAGGCAACAAAGAGGGAGGAGGUUCGGUCUUUAUGAAUGAUGUUGCGCUAAGGGUUUGGCUGUCCCCCUAAUGGGAGGUUAAGAGGUGGGAUUACGGAGUGAUUGGCACGGAGAUUGGCUAAUGAGCGCCCGUCAUAGGAAGCCUGGUGUAUAUUGGGGGCGGGAGUGCUGCACCUUCGCCAGGGAGGGAGCGGCAGACAGACUGACGGACAGACAGACGGCUGGCUGGCUGGCUGGCUGGCUGGCUGGGCGGGCCAAUGGGGCGCGGCGAGGGCGGGAGAUUUGAAUCGCGGCGGAGGUUGGGCCCGAGGUGAGGCUAGGCGGGCGCUUCCCGCGCGCUGGGGCUGGAGAGCCGCGGGGGAGCUGCCGGCGGAGUGUCAGCCGUUCCCGGGCUGUGUGCGCUAGCGGGGUGCGGGGCUGACGGGGUCAGGCCCGGGCGCUGCUGCCCGGCGUCCCUGCCGCAGAGUGGUGAAGGGAGAUGCGCGAAGCCAGCCCUGCCCAGCACCUGAGCAGGCGGAGGGCCGCCUCCAGCUCCCCUGCUUAGCAGCGGAGGGGUCGGUGGGUCGCUGCCGCGGGCAGUGCCUGCGGUUAACUCCGCAGCAUUUCCAUUUUCCUCAGGGCUCCCAGCUGAAGGCGGACUCUGGCGUGGAGGACUCGCCGCUCCUGCUGCCAGCAGCCAUGGGGGCUGCUGAGAGCUUCCCAGCUACACCCACUUCGAAACCCUUCCUCAACAAGCACCUGGCACACGUCAGCGACCCCCGGUCCCCCACACCUGGGAUCCUGAGGACCCCCAUUGAGGUGGAGAGCUCCCCUCAGAGAAGCCCCUUGGCUGAGCCCAAGGAAGCGGUGACGGCAGCUGAACAGAGCCAGAGUUGGGACCCUCGAUCGCCAACCCUCGGUAUCUCACGCACCCCUAUGAAGGCUGUGAUGGCUGACACCAUAAAUUGUUUGGUGAAGCAGCUCAGUGAGGCCUUUGGGGCAGAGACCAUGGAGCAGGAGUCACUGCUGGAGGAGCCAUUAGACCAGGGACCAAAUCUUGGAGCUGCCUGUGCUCCAGAGGAGGAGACAAAUGGAAAGAACCCUCGGGGGGAAGGCUCUGCCAGAGAUGCGUCUCAGGAAAAGAUCCCAAUGUGGGGUGAGGAGAAGCAGCCACCUUCCAACACUUGUGCUCAGCCUGUAAUGAGACCAGCUCACUUCACUGACCCACCCCGCACCUCAGGGGGCAAACCCACAAGACGCAAGGCCAGCAACAAAGUCUUGGCAGCCUCUGGUGGUACUGGGCGCUCUCCCCUCAGCAUCCUACAGGACGACAAUUCCCCAAGUACUCUCACUCCUCGCCAGGGUAAGAGGCACCCGUCGCUGUCAGAGAACCUGAGGGAGUGGAAGGAGGUGGCAGUAGAUCCAGGGUGCAGCCUCAAAUCAGGGGGCCGUGCCUGGAAUGACCUGAACAAAGAGAAUCAACAUUGUCGCUUGGUGGAGAAUUAAAGGGUUUGGGGGGUCAAUUUUCCCUUGGACUCCUGACAAUAACCCUUUCUUCUAUCUAUGCUUCUGGAAUGGAGCCUUCUAAGGACAAAGGAUCCUGCCCUUUUGGGUAGGGACACCCUGAGCCUGUAGUUUCUUCUCACCCAACCUUUACAGGGGGAGAGGAUGAACAGUAGUUCCUUUUCUCUCCCCUAAUUUUAUGCAUCUCUCUUUUCAGGUACAGGUUUCUGUGUUAUGUGGCUGUUGGUCUCUGAAACCUCACUUGCACUGCCUCAAUGUAUAAGCCCAUGCAUGUGGUAAAUAAACACAUUUUAAAGACCA